UGUCCCAGGUAUGAGGACGAUGAUGAUUUCCUUGCAGGUACAGGUCCAGUCCCACAGGAGAGACCCGUGGAGACACAGCUGCACUCGUUUAUAUUUAGCAGUCAGGCUGCCAUGUUGCCUGCGAGGUAACAGCCCCAGAGAAGAUACUGCGGCAACUGAGUCAUGGUCCUGGUCUCUGCACGCAGUGUGGCUCUCAGUUUCACCGUAUUGCUUAAUUAGGACAUCCCGGAAGAGUCUCGGUCCUGUGCGAGGCUGAGUGACGGGGCAGGGAGCCAGGAGAGGACCGCACGGCAGCAGGACACAGCUACGAGUCAGUUCAAGGGAUAUUGACAAUCCCAACAAACAAAGCGGCAGAAAUUCAACGCGGACCAGAGGAGGGAGGCUAGUAACCAUGGAAGGUUUAAUGGAGCGGCUGGAGCGAGCUGUGACCCGCCUGGAGAACAUGUCCAGCAGCGUGUCUAACAGGGACUGCAUCAAUGGCAUCGAUGGAGGUUUGUCUCAGUGUGUGGAGGCCUUUGACGUCAUCCUGAAAGGUCCAGUGUCAGACUUCCUGAACUAUAGCCGAGCCAUAGGAAGCGAGGUUGAGACACAUGCAGAGAUGGUGAACAAGGCCCUGCAGACUCAGAGGACUUUCCUCAAGAUGGCCGCCACACACCAGGAACCUGCACAGACAGAGCUUCAUGACCUGCUGAAGCCAAUUUCGGAUCACAUCCAGGAGGUCCAGAACUUCCGAGAACGAAACCGUGGCAGCAGCCUCUUCAAUCACCUGUCAGCCAUAAGUGAGAGCAUCCCCGCUUUAGGCUGGGUGGCUGUGAGUCAGAAACCGGGUCCUUAUGUGAAGGAGAUGAAUGAUGCUGCCACCUUCUACACUAACAGAGUAUUGAAAGACUACAAGGACACCGACAGACGUCAUGUAGACUGGGUGCGUUCCUAUUUGUCAAUCUGGACCGAGAUGCAGUCCUUCAUCAAACAGCACCACACCACAGGAUUGGUGUGGAGCAAGACUGGUCCCAUUGCUCCUCCUUCUCUCUUUGACCCUCCUACUGUCCCUAAUGCUUCCUGUCCCCCACCUCCCCCUCCUCCCCCUGGCCCUCCCCCGGCCUUCAAUGAUGAUGACUCCCAGCCUCAUGCAGGUGGUGCAGCAGCGCAGCACUCAGCUCUGUUUGCCCAGCUCAACCAGGGCACAGACAUCACUAAAGGUCUGAAGCAUGUAUCAGAUGACCAAAAGAGCCACAAGAACCCCAGACUGCGUUCUCAAGCAACACCGAUCAAAACAAAGUCCCCAGAGACUAUGAACUCUCCCAGAGCAGUUGUUCAGAAGAGACCUCCUCUGCUGGAGCUGGAGGGGAAGAAAUGGAGGGUGGAGAACUUCGAUCAGAAACACGACCUUGUGAUUGAGGAGACGGAGCUGAAACAAGUCAUCUACGUCUUUAGCUGCAGCAACUGCACUUUGCAGAUUAAGGGCAAAGUUAACUCCAUCAUUGUAGACAACUGUAAGAAGCUGGGUCUGGUGUUUGAGAACAUAGUUGGGAUUGUGGAGAUCAUCAACUCCAAGGCAAUUCAGUUACAGGUGCUUGGAAGAAUUCCCACCAUCUCCAUCAACAAGACGGAGGGCUGCCAGGUCUAUCUGAGUAAGGACUCCCUUAACUGUGACAUCGUCAGUGCCAAGAGCUCUGAGAUGAACAUCCUGAUACCACAAGGAGAUGACGAAUAUAGGGAGUUUCCAGUACCGGAGCAGUUCAAGACUGUUUGGGACGGCUCCAAACUGGUGACAGAACCCACUGAGAUCGCAGGCUGAUUGAUGCUUCAUCAUCAUCGUCAUCAUCAUCAUCACCAGCACAUCAAUCAUCGUUGCCAGUUUUUUUAAAUAAUCUCUCCGUCCCCCUAAUUUCAUUGGGUUUCAGAGCUAUAAAAGGGAUUAUAUACACAGUCUCUGCAAAAGAUUAGCUUUUAGUCCAUCGUAUUUCUGUGUUUGACAUCUUUGUGUCUCUCUAGCACUUUGAAACACAUCCCCACAGAAUAAAUCAGGUUUUAGUUCCACAGACCCAAUUCAUUUACCUCUUCUUAUAUUUCUGUGCCAUAGCAAUAAAGGCAUUUAUGUAAGAAUACACAUCAAUCAGCCAUAACAUUAAAACAACUGCUUGAUAUUUUGUAGGCCCCCCUUGUGCUAUGAAAAACAACCCUGAGCUGUCAGGGGAAGGGACACGGGACCUCUUGGGGGAUUUUGUCAGAAUCAGAAUCAGAAUUGUCUUUAUUGCCAUGUAAGUGAAGAGGUUUCACAUUACUAGGAAUUUGUCCUGAUGCAUACAUAGAACGUACUGUAAGUACGAGUAAUGUAUAAUAAUGGAAUAAAAUAAAAUAGAAUAAGGUAAAACAAAAUAAGAUAAGUAAAAUAAAUAUGGUUCUGGAGGUAGUACAAAAGUGAGGUAGUACAGAGUGGAAGUAGUGCAAGUAGGUGAGGU